AUGCGUUCUGAAAUUAAGUUUAUUGAUAAGAAUCCGAUUAGUGUUUUCAUGAAACCUUUGACGAGUUUCACCGAGUUUCAGGAUAUUAUAAUCCAAAAACUGGGGCUGCAUGGCAUGAAACGGCUGGAGAAGUUAUUCUACAGAAUUCCAAUAUCUGUUUUACAGGAUGAUGUGAAGUAUGAUUCGUUCGUCAUAGGCACCGACGAAGAUUUGAAAGUUUUCUUCCAUUAUCAUCGGCGAUUCCCGGAGGUGAGGACUCCUGAGCUGUUGGCCAAACUUGUGGAUGUGGUCUUUAGUUCAGGAAGUUCUAACUGGAUUCCUCUGUCUUCAACCAUGGUAGCUUUCUCUAGUUCGAGGCCUAAUGAGGAUGAUGAUGAUGUGGAGCCCACCACGUUUGCCGAUGAUAGCGACGAUGAGGAUGCAAGGAAUACUCCAGCUGGGGGUGGUGGAGUAGCUAGUUCAGGAACUCCGCAAUACCCCUUGCACUUUUCAGCUUUUGACUUGGAUGCCAUGAGACAGCAGGAAAAUCUUGUCGUUCUUGUCAGAUUUGGGACCAGAGACAUACGGGAUAUAGAAGGACUAGCUGAGUUCCUAGUUGGUCAGCAAUUUCAAGAUAAAGAGGAGGCCGUGUUGAGCGUGAAGACUUACAUCUUCCGACGUAGGAUUGAGUAUAAAGUGUUGGAAUCCGAUUACCACAAGUACCGUGGCAAGUUCGGUGAGCUGUACGACAUCCAAAUGAACUGA